AUGGCAACUGGGAACGAAAAGCCUCAACCCCUCGACGACUCCACCAAAAGCGACACGAAAAUGUUCACUUUGAAAAAGUGGAACGCCGUUGGUAUGUGGACAUGGGACGUGGAAUGCGACACUUGUGCUAUCUGUCGCAACCAAGUGACGGACUGUUGUUUGAAGUGUCAGGCCGAGAAAGUGUACAACCAGGGCGAGAAAAAAGAAGAAUGUGUUGUAGUUUGGGGCGAAUGCAACCACACGUUUCACCACUGCUGCAUGUCUCUGUGGGUGAAGCAAAGUCCUAAAUGCCCUUUGUGCCAACAACAGUGGUCGAUCCAAAGAAUAGGAAAAUAG